CUCCACCAGGAAUUUCAAUUAAUUUCUGAGCUGGUCCAAAGUUACAAAGGUGACCAAGCUUGGCGUCGCCUACAAUCGUCCGACACGUGAAGCUUGACGAUGUUUUGCUCGGAGCUUAGCGGAGAUAGCAUCUGCCAUGACCAAAUAUCCCCACAUCGAACGUGAGAGACCUCGGGAUGGUGCCCCUCCAUGGUCUUAACGCCAUCCGACGAAGAUCGGCCCCGACAACCGUCGGUAGUCUCGACCUUGGACGCAAUAGACGAAGAGACCGAAGAUGGACCCUGAGGUACUCCAGCGUAACACGUCAUACGCAUGUAAAGACUCAGGAGAUAUAAGAAGAGGCCAUGUCCUGCAAUGACCCCCUCACAAUAGCUCGCACAUCAUUCUUCAAUUCUUGAACUGAAUUACCCUUCCAAAGUUUACCAACCACACCUCCUCCAAGAUGCCUUCUCCAUUUGGUGACGCACCCAAGGCGGCGUCCCUCCUGGACUUCCACCGCGUCAUGUCGCCCACUGCUGGAGUCCGCGUCUCCCCUCUUUGCUUAGGAGCAAUGAACUUUGGCGAUGCGUGGGAGGGCAUGAUGGGCAAGUGUGAUAAGAAGACUGUGUUUGAGAUCCUUGAUUUUUUCCACAAGCAAGGUGGCAACUUCAUUGAUACCGCAAACAACUACCAAAACGAGGAGUCCGAGACCUGGAUUGGCGAGUGGAUGAAGGAGCGAGGCGUACGACACGAAAUGGUCAUAGCCACCAAGUUUACCACCUGCUUCCCUGACCCCAACAACUCUCCUCGACAACGUAUCAACUACGCUGGUAACAGCACGAAGUCGCUCCGCGUCUCGCUUGAGGCAUCCCUCAAGAAGCUUCAAACUGAUUACAUCGACCUGUUGUACGUGCACUGGUGGGACUUCACAACAUCCAUUCCGGAAUUGAUGCAAUCACUCAACGCCGUCGUCAACUCUGGAAAAGUUCUCUACCUAGGAAUUAGCGACACGCCUGCCUGGGUUGUCAGCAAAGCCAACGAAUAUGCCCGCAACCAUGGCCUCCGUGGCUUCAGUGUCUACCAAGGUCGCUGGUCCGCAGCCGAGCGCGACUUUGAGCGCGAGAUCAUCCCAAUGGCACGCGAAGAGGGCAUGGCUCUCUGCCCCUGGGGUGCCCUUGGUGGGGGUAACUUCACCACCGAAGAGAAGCGCAAGAACAACGAGCAAGGUCGUAACUUUGGCCCCGCUUCCGAGAAGCAUAUCGCAAUCUCCAAGAAGCUUGAAGCCGUCGCCAACCAGAAGAAGACUCAGGUCACGAGCAUCGCCCUAGCCUAUGUACGCCACAAGUACCCCUUCGUGUACCCGAUCGUUGGCGGUCGCAAGAUCGACCAUCUUAAUGGCAACAUCGAGGCGUUGGCAAUUGAGUUGAGCGAGGAAGAGAUCGAUGAUAUUGACUCCGCUGUUCCUUUCGAGAUCGGCUUCCCUAUGAACUUCCUCUUCGAGUUUGGUGGUAAGAAGUUCAAGAACACCAUGACUAGCUCGGAUGUUGGUCUCCUGGAGUACGCUGGACCUCUGGAGAGUGUGCCAGUACAACAAGGCCCUAAGCCACAUCCGCUUCAGGGGUACGGAGGCAACUAAGAGUACAAGUUCUAGAGCCUAGAUGUAAAUGAUAGCCAAGCCUAGAUCUUCAUAUAUGAAUUCAAAUACAAUUUUGUAAAUUCCA